AUGAACUGCGCCGACGUCCGACAAUUUUUGGACAAACCGUUAUUAAACAUCCGCCUGUCGUCCGUCAAAGAGGCCAGUCAUAGGCAAAGGGCGCCACACCUAAUAAGUUCAACAAAACAUUUACAUAGGUCGCUUAACCAAGGCACCUUGGAAGAUACUAGUGAACUACUAAUGAAUAUGCCUGAAGAGUAUUCUCUAGGACAUUGUGUGGCAAAAGAUAUGCGUAUGAGUGCUGGUAUCGCCGUAUAUUUCAAGAUAAAAUUUGGAAGAGUUGGCGAACUAAUGGGCCAAAGACCAAAUGUUGGUUCGGUAGCGUAUUUGCAAGAAAACGAUAGAUUUAUUUACUAUUUAAUUACCAAGGAGCUUAGCAACCAAAAACCAACGUACAAUAGUAUAACUGCAGCCAUUACGAAAUUACGUGAUCUUAUUGUAGAACAUGGUGUUAAAAAACUAGCCAUCCCACGUAUUGGUUGUGGUCUAGACAAAUUAGACUGGUCCAUAGUAAGAGACAUAAUUGAAAAUGUAUUUCAAAAUGUAGGAUGUACAAUCAAAAUUUGUCAUUUUACACAUAAUUUGUCAAAAGAGUCAGAAUUACUUCGAGUUGAACAUCCAAGUACUAUAAAAGCUCAUAAAAGUAUCAAAGAUAUAGAAAAGCGAGAAUUUGAAAAACUGAAUAUUAUAUUAUUUUCUCGGAAAACAACUUUACCAGUGUAUUGGGAUCAACAUUUUCAAUCAGUCAAUGAAAAAUACUGCUUUAAGUCACAAUACUGUAAACACUAUGAGGCAGAUCUUGAAGUUGGUCAGUGUUUAUAUUACAGCACAAUAGAAGCUUACAUAUUUGUUAUCAUCACUAACGAAAAUACAACAGACCAUUUUUCAUAUCAAAACUUGGAAAAAGGACUUGUAAAAAUGAAAAUGUUGAUCAAGAAUGAUCAGUGGCACCCAACAUUCAUUAUACACAGAAUGAAUAAUUAUAUAUUUGAACAUCUCAUUAACAAAAAAAUUGUAUCCCUGAUAAGUUCAGCUUUUUUAGAAUUUACUCCAUGUUCAAUACUUCAAUUACAAUAA